CGCAGGCGACGUGGGCAUGGGCGAGGAGCUGGAGGACGACGAGCUGGACGAGGAGGAUGAGCUGGACGAGGACGAGCUGGACCAGGAGGAGGAGGAGGAGGAGGAAGAAGAGGAAGACGACAUGUGGAGCGAGGAAGAUGAGGACGCCGACCUGUGGGAAGACGCGGGCGAGGACGACAUGUGGGAGGAGGAUGUGGGCGCCGAGCUGUUCUUCGGAGACGACGACUACGACGAGGACGUGAUGGAGGAGGAAGACCUGGAGGUGGAGGUGGAGGAAGAGGAGGAGGAGGAGGAGGAGGAAGAAGAGCAGGCGCCCCCACCUCCACCACCACCUGGACCCCUGCUGCUGCCCAGGCCUCGACGCCCCCAGGCCUUCACGUGCCCCCAGUGCCGCAAGACCUUCCCUCAGAGGAGUUUCCGGCCCAACCUGCAGCUGGCCAACAUGGUGCAGAUCAUCCGGCAGAUGCACCCGCACCCCCAGCGGCUCGUGGUGCCGGCCCCCCGGGGGCCCGGGGGAGCGGCGGCCGUGGCGCCCGGGGCACUGGAGGGACGGGCCCUGUGCGAGAAGCACCAGGAGCCCCUCAAGCUCUUCUGCGAGGUGGAUGAGCAGGCCAUCUGUGUGGUGUGCAGGGAGUCGCGGAGCCACAAGCACCACAGCGUCGUCCCCCUGGAGGAGGUGGUGCAGGAUUACAAGACCAAACUGCAGAGCCACCUGGAGCCUCUGAAAAAGAAGCUAGAUGCAGUUCUGAAACAGAAAUCCAGUGAAGAGGAGAAGAUCACUGAGCUGAAGAACAAGAUGAAGCUGGAAAUCAAGGAGUUUGAGUCGGAUUUCGAGCUUCUGCAUCAGUUCCUUAUUGGGGAGCAGGUGCUAUUGCUGCAUCAGCUGGAGGAGCGCUAUGAGGGGCUGCUGGCUCGCCAGAGCAGCCAUGUCAGUCAGCUGGAGGAACAGAGUGCAGCCCUGGGCCGCCUCAUCGCCGAGGCCGAGGACAAGAGCAAGCAGGAUGGGCUGCAGCUCCUGAAGGAUAUCAAAGGCACCUUCAUCAGGUGUGAGAGCGUCAAGUUUCAGGAGCCUGAGAUGGUGCCAGUUGAUGUGGGGAAGAAAUACCGCAAUUACUUCCUGCAGGAUGUGGUCAUGAGAAAGAUGGAGAAGGUUUUCAGUAAAGUCCCUCAAGCUGAUGUGACCCUUGACCCAGAUACAGCCCACCCGCACCUCAGCUUGUCCCUGGACCGCCGAAGUGUCAAGCUAGGUGAGCGACGCCAAGACCUGCCAGACAACCCCAAGCGCUUUGACUCCGAUUACUGCGUCCUCGGCUCACAGGGCUUCACCACGGGACGCCACUACUGGGAGGUGGAGGUAGGGGGCCGCCGGGGCUGGGCAGUGGGGGCAGCCCGGGAGACGGCCCGGCGCAAGGAGAAGGCCAGCGGCCCCCACCAGAAGCGGGAGAUCUGGUGCGUAGGCACGAAUGGCAAGAAGUACCAGGCACUGACGGCCACAGAGCAGACAGCCCUGUCCCCAGGGGAGAAGCCUCGGCGCUUCGGUGUCUACCUGGACUACGAGCGGGGCCAGCUGUGCUUCUACAAUGCUGAGAGCAUGGCCCACAUCCACACUUUCAACGCCACCUUCCGCGAACGCAUCUUUCCCUUCUUCCGCAUCCUGGCCAAGGGCACCCGCAUCAAGAUCUGCACUUGAUCCCUCGCCUGUCCCUCCCCUCCCACCUUAGGCCUUCUCCCAUGCUGGGUCUCCCUCCCCUGCUCCCCCCUGGCUACUCCCUGGGAGAUCUGGCACUGCACAGAGGCCUCGGGGUGGGCACCUCAGCCAGCCCGACAUUCCAAAGCCUGCAGAGUCCGUGUGUUGCUGUCUCUGUUCAGAGCGCGCAGGGGUGAGGUGGGGUCUGUUCUGUGGGCGGCAGACAGAACAUUUCGCCGGCAGCCUGCCGUCCACAGCACUGUGCAUAACGUUUCUGAACACGCUGCUCUGGCCCCACUGCCUCUGCCCGUCAUACACAUGAGCCUCAAAUUGCCUAUGCCAUCCUGCCCCUCAUAAUGGUGUUGCUGCAGAGCCAUCGCUCCUUUGGGCAUUGUGGGAGGUGGCUGAACAAUAGCCUUUGCAGAGCUUGCCAGAAGAUGGACUGUGCUCCUGCAGAUACUUUGACCCCUUGGCCUAAAAGCAUAUGGAGAGCUCUGUUCUGCCCAUCAUUUCCAUAGUGACUUGAAUAAACUGGGGGCAUCGAUCAUAUAAAUCACCAUGAAUUACAGUGGGAUUUGUGGCCCUGCAGUUGCUCUGAAAAAUUCCUGUCUCAGGGCCUGCUCCCUACCCCUGAACCUGCUUGGUUCCCUAGUGUUUGGGCUUGUAUCCAAACCUACAGAAACUUUGCUUCCCACUGCCAUUGCUGUGUCUGGCUCCCAGCGCCUGCUGCUUCUCCCAGCCAUGCCUGUUGUACCUGCGUCUGUACUUUUUUUUAUUUUUUCCAAUUCUCCGGAACAGCCUCCUGUCCCACCACCACCACCCUAGACUUGAUCACCAGCUCUACGCCAGAACCAUCAGUCACAUCCCUCCUUGGUCCACUUUGUUUUUACCUUCCAUUGCAGAGCCUGGACAUUUUAAUCAAUUCAUCAAUUUUUGAAGCAGCCAGGCUGAGAUGGGGGAAGGGGGUGGGAUGGCUUCUUUGUUACAAGUAUAGAUGCCAUCAGAGAACCAUUCACAAAGUGACUGGAGAUGCCUGGAACGUUGUGGCAUGCUUCUGUUGCUCGCCUUGUCCAUCCAGGGCAUCACUUUGAGGCCACGGUGGUGGGAAUCCAUCUCCUCUUUUCCUAUGCAGCUUAGAGCUCUCUGAGGUGUAGGUAUUUAUUUUUUGUCCCUUUCUCAGCUGCCCUCUCCCUGCUGAGUUUCCAACAAGCCCCCUCCCUCCUAGAGAGACUCUAAUUGCACCUGCUGUGUUCUUUUUUCCCCCCAUUGGCAUUACAGAGCUAGUUUGAAAUAUUUUUGCCUAAAACAAGAGUUAAAUGGAGAUUUAGUUUUUUGAAAUGUUAAAAUAAUAAUAAAGAAAAGGAUUGUACAGUU